CUUUUCGUACACGGCGUACGGUCCACGUCGACGCGUACGCGCGAUUCACGAAAUGUCUCGAUCGGUCGAUGAACAAGGUAAAGGGAGGCGUGAUUGAAAUGAGAGGAGCAAAGUGUACUGUAGACGUCAUUAUUUUCUCCUUAAGAUAAAUAGUAACGGGAAAUUGGUGGUGACAGAACCGGUAGUAGGAUGACACCCCACCCGGUGGAUCGGAAAAUCUCAUGUCGAGUCUGAAUCAAUCUCCAUCCGAGGAGGCCGUUUUAUCUGCGCGGGGUUAUAAAUUCCUGAAAAAGCUGGGCGAAGGUGCUUACGCGAAGGUAUAUCUGGCGGAAUAUAAACCGGAAUCCGAUCCGGACAAGAACAGUACUCUGGCGUGCAAAGUGAUAGACACCGGAGAGGCGCCCAAAGAUUUCGUCAAGAAAUUUCUUCCCCGGGAACUGGACAUACUGGUGAAAUUGAAUCACCCGCACGUGGUGCACGUGCACAGCAUAUUCCAGAGACGCGCGAAAUAUUUUAUCUUUAUGCGGUACGCCGAGAACGGCGAUCUCCUCGAGUUCAUUUUGAAGAACGGUGCAGUGGGAGAGAGUCAAGCGCGCAUAUGGUUCAGACAACUUUCGCUUGGUCUUCAAUACUUGCACGAGAUGGAGAUAGCUCACAGAGACAUGAAAUGCGAGAACGUUCUUUUAACUUCGAAUCUUAAUGUGAAACUCGCCGACUUUGGAUUCGCUCGUUACGUGGUAGACAAUCGCGGUAAACGCGUUCUCAGCGAUACCUACUGCGGUUCCCUGUCGUACGCCGCACCGGAGAUCCUUCGCGCCUCCCCGUACAAUCCGAAGAUCGCCGAUCUCUGGUCUCUCGGCGUUAUCCUCUACAUACUCCUGAACAAGUCGAUGCCGUUCGACGACACCGACAUCAAACGCCUCUACGAACAACAGACGAAUCGGAAAUGGAAAUUUCGUAGCAAGAUCGCGGAAGCGCUCAGCGAUCAAGUCAAGAAAGUGGUGACUCGCCUCCUGGAACCCGACGUCUCGAAACGUUGGAAACUGGAUCAGGUGGUGAACUGCGAGUGGAUCGCGAUGGAUCCGCGGCUUCUGGUUCUCACGCCCGCCGAACAAGCUGCUCUGAAUCACGCGACGCAGGAGAAGAAGAAAAUGGAGGAGAAGAUCUCCGCGAAAGAUCCCAAACUGUUCAAAGUGGAAGAGAAGAAGAAAGUGACCGUCGAGGGAGACAAGAAGAAGGGGAUCGAAGAGGUCACCGUGAUCAAGAAAGCCGCCAGAAUAGCCAUAUCUUCCGUCGCGGCUGGAACGGGCGCGAUCAGGCGUUAAGCCGACGAACAUCGUAGCAGUCACGCGUAACGUCUUCGCGUCUUCGCGACGUAUCGAGAGAGGGAGAGAGAAGUCAUCGGCUUCCGGUCUCGUAAGGCGUCACUUAAGAAAAAGUUGAGAUCUCGCAUAA